AUGACUCCUUUAUGUCAAGCGGCUUUUCGAGGAAAUGUGGAAAUGGCGAGGGUUUGUCUCAAAUUUGGCGCUGAAGUGAACACGAAACGGCACGAGCAAGGCUAUACACCGCUCAUGUUCGCCGCGUUGUCUGGUAAACCGGAUCUCUGCCGGUUGUUAAUGGAUUAUGGAGCCGAAUCCUCCUACACAAACAAUAUCGGAAAAACAGCUUGUGAGCUGGCUGCUUUUGUCGGCCAACAUGAGUGCGUCUCAGUCAUCAACAAUCACAUUUCACUCGAGCAAAUCAACAAACUCUUAAAUCCAAAGGAUUCAGAAGAGAAAUUCCCAGAAGAACUCUCGAAAUUCAUUCACAAAACCGUUUCCGCUCACGUCGUCCACCCAAUCGCCAUCAUUUUUACUUUAUUAGACUACGAGGAUGCACUCAAGUACCGAAAAAAGAUUCUCUAUGUAGUGGAUCGAAUUUUCGAGAGUCAAUUGCGUUGUAAAGAAAGCAAUGAAGUUUUAUCGCUGAAAGUUUGGAUAAUUUUACAAAUUCUAAGAGAAACUUAUAAAUUUAUCGAUGAAAGAAAAGAUCAGGAAAAUCCUUUAAAAUCAGCAACAUUCUACGCAAAAAGUUUACUUUUUAUGUCUCCAGGGGACGAGGUUCGACCAAAAUUGGAUACAUUGUUGAGAUCGGCGAUCGUCUCUUUCCCAUACCAUCAUAGCUUACUUUUUGAGACUUUAGUCAAAGCUUUAUCAAAGUCGAAAUUCGGGCAAAGACCCGCUGGAUACGAUUAUAUUGUUCAGGGUUUAUUUGGGCAACGAUUACACGCAGUUAGCCAUUUUUGCUUCACGUGUGGAUCGUUUUCGGCAAAAAAGCGCUGUGGUGGAUGUAAAGUGCCGUAUUGCUCGGAAAAGUGUCAGAAAUUUGAUUGGCCGAUUCAUAAACGUUGUUGUCAGGCGAUAAGUGAUUGGAAUAAAAAAGAUGAGGAAGAGGAGAUCGAUUUGGAUCAGAUCAAAGCGUCCAUCGAGGAGGUGGAUGAGAUCAAAGCCUCCGUCGAGGAGGUGGAUGAGAUCAAAGCCUCCGUCGAGGAGGUGGAUGAGGAUGGGGAAACGAAAAAUGAA